AUGGAGGUGUACAGGACGGACUGGGAAGAUAGACAGCGUCAUUUGGAGAGCAUAAUAAAAAAGGAGUUUUAUAACAAGCAUGAUGAUAUAAAAGGGUGUGAGCACAAUGUUGGUGGUUUCAUUUCGAGGAAUAAGUUCAAUCUGGAAGAACCUUGUAAAUGCUACAACUGUGAAUAUGUUAUAUUGGUUGUAACAGAAUAUGUGCAGAAGGAGUGUGUGCUAGAUCGACAUGUUUUGGCUUACAAUAAGUUGCUUGAAAAUGUAGAGUCUUAUGUUGACCAAAUUGGGAGUAAAUCUGACAUUGACCAUAUUGUUCAUAAUAAUUUUCUCUCCAAUGAUGAUCCUCCACAUGGUAUUAGUAAUGGAAAUAAAAAAUGUGAGCCUUGCGCAACGUGUGUGGCGGAGGACUGCCAGGACAUCGAGAUGGAAACUUACACCAUUUCGACCAUCAUGAAGGUACGCACCAAAAUUUUGAACGCCCUGCCCAUGUUAAAAGGGGUUUUAAAAAAAGUGCCCUAUGAUGAGCACAGUUAUUAUUAUGUAAGCAGCAGGGUUGGCAUUAUCGAGAGGGUGAAAAGUAAGAUACACCGUUAUGUCAUGCAGAGGGGGAAUAGCGGCAGUUACGGUGCGAUAAGCCGUCGCGACUGUGUGCGCUUGCAGGACUCCUCCCACAAUGGUGAGGAGCAGUUUGAUGGUGUCCAUCACCUCGAUCGUUACGACAGCUACGACCGUUACGACAACGACACGGAGCAACCUCAGCACGAGGGUGAGGCGUGGCCCUGUCCUGAACGGAGCGGCACAACCAACAAUACGCAGCCGCGCGGAGGAACAGACAACACGCACGCAGAGUGUUCAACCAGACGCAGAAAAGUAGCACCGGUAAAAUUUUACGAAAUAAUUAUAACGACGAAUCAAAAUUUGAUAAGUCUGAGGAGCAUCCAGCUCCUGAUCGAAAUGAUUAGCUUGUUUCACAACUACUUAAUGAAAUUCGUAUUGGAAAAAAAAAAAAAUGAAAAGAUAAACUUCAUGCAACGUUAUGAGCUGAAGAAGACGGAGUACACAUUUUGUGACGAAUCGAAUUACCUCCUAUUUUAUAACUUGUCUUUGGGAAAAUUCAAAAAGGACAAGAAAAAAAAAAAAAGGGGGGAAAUUGGCUUGCAGGAAGGGAAACAGGUUGGGGUAGAGAAAUGCCAAAGAGGAGAUCACAAUGAGGGGAGGUCGUAUACCUCUGACAAUAGCACAAGUAUUGAUUGCGAAAGUGAGGGAAGCGGUUUGAAUGAGGAGGUGCGCACUAAGAUGGGGGUAAGGACCCCCACUAGGAGUUAUGCAGAUCUGGGCAGCUGUUACGACAACGGGGAUAGUGUCUAUACGAAGCGAGUCGGCGACUACACGCAGAGGAGUGAUGAUUUUGUUUUGCGAGACGGAGAGGAUGAAACUCAUGGUCCAUAUUACACCAAUCGGGUGAGGGAUAGUAGUGGUGGUGUAGUGGAAUGGGGCACACAUGAUGAGGAGUGUCGUCGUCAGGGGGAGUAUUACGGCUAUGAGGAUGCGGGUUAUGUCCAUCAGGAUGGGGACUACGUCGAUCGUAUCGAUGAGGCGGACUGUCCCCCCCCCGUGCAAGACGUUCAAGAAUGUAGCAGCACCCUUGGUGAGAAACAAACGGAAGAAAUGAAAAGUUAUAUAAAGCACAUAUUGUCGUGUAUCGUGGGAGAGGGAGACACAUACCUCAUUAUCGAACUGCUAUUCACCCUGCACACUUUCCAACUGAAUUAUUUUUUUAAUAUAUUAAAGAAAAUGAUAUUGUCCAAGGAGGUCCCAAAUGAAUUCCUCGUAAUGCUAACCUACUGCGGGUAUAAAAUUGAAAAUAUUGAAAUUAUCGAAUACUGCUUUUGGAAGUUAGUACGCAUAUUUGAACGUGAUGAGUUGCCAGAGUGUUGGAGCGUAGUGGACGAUAAGGCGGACAGUCAGUUAAAGAAAAAAUACAACGAAAUGAAAGAUAAUUUAAGGGUGAUAAAACAGAGUAUUGGAGAAACGGAUGCGGAGAUGAGUAAGAAGCAGAGUUGUCUUUCCCAGGGAAGCUGCCUCCCCGUUGAUGGUUGCGCAAACUACGAUGGGCACUACGAUGGAGUCUUUUACGAAGCGCUAAACAUUUUCAAGCCGCAUAACCAAUACAACAUGAUUAAUAACAUCACGGAGGUAGACAUGAACAAAGGGAAUUUACACUUUAACAAAAAUUUAAUCGAUAAGAAAAUUUUCUCCCCAUUUAUUGCAAAAACGAAAAAAGAAUUUCAUUACUACAACAACAUUCCAAAGGGAUAUGUCAUAAACGAAAUACAGAGGCUGCGAAAUUUUAGCGAUCACUACUCCUGUUGCUACAUUUUAAAAAGCAAUCAGAAGAAAAAAAUGUUGAUGGGGUUUAAGAAAAAAGGAGAAAAUAAAGUAUACCUGUACAAAUACGAUAAGAAUAUUAAAAAGAAUUACAAAGUGGGGGGGAAAAAUAGCCCUUUUUUUAACAUUUCCGGUUUUUUAGGAAUUUUAAUUUGUAAUUUUACAGGCAUGAAUAUUAAAAUAUAUGACAAUGGCAUAAAGGAAAAAUAUGCCAAUUUCUUUCCUUCGUUUGAAAGAAAAAAUAUAAUUUCGAUAAGUUUUGAAUCAAAUAUAAUAAGCGAAUUGCCCAGACAUUUUAUGUGUACUAUUUACAAGCCUAAUAAAGACGUUAAAAUUAUUUAUGAAAAUAAAUGUCCAGUUUGGAAUGAUGACAAGGAGAUUUACGAGUUGCCUUUUUAUGGCCGAGUUAAAUUAGCAAGUGCAAAAAAUUUGCAAUUAAUUUUAAAAAAAUGUGUAGUUUCGAACUCGCUCAAGGGUUCCUUUGUAGGAAAAACCAUAAACGAUGUUAUUGAGUAUGUCAGUGGUGACACUUUCGAGGGGGACUCCCAAUUGGCUAGCACAUGUGCUGGACGAGGAAAGGAUGGUCGCCCUCCACACUCUCCGUAUGAAGACGGAUGCAGCGGGGAGGGGGACGCAAAAAAACACGUCCUAAGGAAAAAGUUCCCCUUUGAUGUGAUCACAAAUAAUUUUAAAAAAAAAGAAGAAGAGGAAAAUUUUGAAAUUGUGAACAACGAUGAAGAGGAAAUAUUUUUAAUUUUUGGGAAAAACUCAAAGGAUUACUUUACGCUUGAUUUUCGCCACCCCUUGUCUUCCUUCGAGGCCUUUUCCAUCGCCAUUUCGUCUUUGCUGAAGAAGAAGGCCGUUUCGUAG